ACACUGUGUUCCGGUGUCCUAACUAGCUUGCAGCAUUAAUGAGAGUGGGCGCGGCAGGUAGUAAGUGACGCGGUCAUGUAGCAAACGUGGUUGGCAGAUAGACCCUGUUUUAAUGAUUUCACGUUGAAUCCGUGUUAGUUGACAACUCAACCAACAUGUAAUCUUAACUAGACUUUGAACUGUCCAAUAAUAAGUAGAUCACAUGUACCAUAUCUCUUACAUAAAGAAAGCAGAAAAUGUGUGCACCUCGCUCCUCUCCUACAAGGAUGACGUAACCGUGUGACGCAUAUCAGCACUUCAGUCGGACAGUGCGAUCAGAAAGCCAGCCGGUUUACAGAAGAGACAUACGGUGAGAACAGUCUCAGAAGGCAAGCAAGUUAAAAGCUAGUAGCCUACGAAAAUCCACGAAGUCGCGCAAACCUGAGUAAUAACGAUUUACAGGACUGGACCAAAACCCCCCUGAGACAACGAGUGAGAGAGAGAGUAAAAGAAAGAAGCAGUAGAGAGAGGACACCCUGUACUCUGUGUGUCCCGUGCUCCUGGAAGAAGUUUCCUGUAGGCCCCAGAUCCAGGAUCAGCUGCCCAUCCUCCAAUCUCAAUCUUAAUCUCAGGAGGGAAGCACCCAACUGAAUUGAAAUCAGCAUCUAGAGGAUAACUUCCUCCUAAUCCUGGCGUUUCCUGGCGACAGGUGUUUUUGAUCUACUUCCAGGAUUAACGAGAGGAGCCACUGCUAAUAGGCUACCAUGCACCGCAUAAGGACUACGGUUGUUAGGCUACGGCCUAUCGCGGCCCCCCAGACAGCCAAGAGCCAAUCACAGGCCAGGUUGGCAGCUGUGGGAGGGGCUUUGAGGACGUUUCAGCCAAUGAGGAGUUACACUGCGUCGGUGUCCGCCGAGCCUUUUCUGAAUGGGACUAGUUCUAAUUAUGUGGAAGAGAUGUACUACGCGUGGCUGGAGAACCCUAGGAGUGUACACAAGUCAUGGGAUAUUUUCUUCCGGAAUGCCAACGCGGGGGCGCCACCAGGCGCAGCCUAUCAGAGCCCUCCUCCUCUGGGUGGUGCUGCUCUGGGAUUGGCUAACGCCCAGGCGAUGGUCGGGGUGCAACCUAACGUGGAGAAGCUGGUGGAGGACCAUCUGGCUGUACAGUCACUUGUACGAGCAUACCAGAUUCGGGGUCACCACGUGGCACAGCUGGACCCUCUGGGCAUCAUGGCUGCCAUCGACCCAGGCCCUCCCCCCUCUGACAUCAUCACCUCCAAUGACAAACUGGACCUCUCUGGGUAUAAAGAGCGCCUGUAUGAUCUUACUGCUGAAGAGUUCUAUGGUCUGGAUGAGUCCGACCUGGACAAGGUGUUCCGGCUCCCCACCACAACCUUUAUAGGGGGCAGCGAGAGCACUCUGCCCCUCCGAGAGAUCAUACAGCGCCUCGAGAUGGCGUACUGUCAGUCCAUUGGAGUAGAGUUCAUGUUCAUUAAUGACCUGGAGCAGUGCCAGUGGAUCAGACAGAAGUUUGAGAGGCCAGGCAUCAUGCAGUUCACCCUGGAGGAGAAGAGGACCCUGCUAGCCAGAAUGGUUCGAUCCACCAGGUUUGAGGAGUUCCUGCAGAGGAAAUGGUCAUCAGAGAAGCGUUUUGGCCUGGAGGGCUGUGAGUCUCUCAUCCCGGCCCUGAAGACCAUCAUCGACAAGUCCAGCAUGAACGGAGUGGAGAGCAUCAUCAUGGGCAUGCCUCACAGGGGGAGAUUGAAUGUGUUGGCUAAUGUGAUCCGUAAGGAGCUGGAUCAGAUCUUCUGUCAGUUUGACUCCAAGCUUGAGGCUGCAGAUGAGGGUUCUGGAGAUGUGAAGUACCACUUGGGGAUGUGGCACCGGAGGAUCAACCGGGUCACUGAUAGGAACAUCACACUGUCACUCAUGGCUAACCCUUCCCACCUGGAGGCUGUGGACCCCGUGGUGCAGGGCAAGACCAAGGCUGAGCAGUUCUACUGUGGAGACACAGGAGGCAACAGGGUAAUGUCCAUCCUGCUCCAUGGUGAUGCAGCGUUUGCAGGCCAAGGGGUUGUCUAUGAGACCUUCCACCUCUCUGACCUGCCCUCCUACACCACACAUGGCACUAUUCAUGUGGUGGUCAACAACCAGAUCGGUUUCACCACCGACCCCAGGGUGGCGAGGUCAUCCUCUUACCCUACAGAUGUGGCCAAGGUGGUCAACGCCCCCAUCUUCCAUGUCAACGCUGACGACCCCGAGGCUGUCAUGUACGUGUGUAAUGUCGCCGCCGAGUGGAGGGCAACCUUUCACAAGGACGUAGUCGUCGACCUGGUGUGUUACAGGCGUAACGGCCACAAUGAGAUGGACGAACCCAUGUUCACCCAGCCUCUGAUGUACAAGCAGAUCAAGAAGCAGAAAGGAGUCCUACAGAAAUACGCUGAGAAACUCAUAGCAGAGGGCGCUGUCACCAGACAGGAGUAUGAGGAGGAGAUUGCCAAGUAUGACAAGAUCUGCGAAGAGGCUCACGCUCGCUCCAAAGACGAGAAGAUUCUGCACAUCAAACACUGGCUAGACUCACCCUGGCCCGGUUUCUUCAACAUGGAUGGCCAGCCCAAGAGUAUGACCAGUCCGUCUACAGGCCUGCCUGAGGAGGAGCUGGAACACAUAGGACACAUUGCUUCAUCUGUCCCUGUGGAAGACUUCACCAUACAUGGAGGUCUGAGUCGUAUACUAAAGGGUCGUGCGGCGAUGGUGGGCCAGCGUGUGUGUGACUGGGCUCUAGGAGAGUACAUGGCCUUUGGCUCGCUGCUCAAGGAGGGAACACACAUUCGUCUCAGUGGACAGGACGUAGAGAGAGGAACCUUCAGCCACAGACACCAUGUUCUCCAUGACCAGAAUGUAGAUAAGAGGAUCUGUAUUCCCAUGAACCACAUCGCUCCUAACCAGGCUCCGUACACUGUCUGUAACAGCUCUCUGUCAGAGUACGGAGUAUUGGGUUUCGAACUGGGUUUUGCCAUGGCUAGUCCCAAUGCUCUGGUUCUGUGGGAGGCCCAGUUCGGGGACUUCCACAACACAGCCCAGUGUAUCAUAGACCAGUUCAUCUGCCCAGGACAGGCCAAGUGGGUCAGACAGAACGGAAUAGUCCUACUGCUACCCCAUGGCAUGGAAGGAAUGGGUCCAGAGCACUCGUCAGCCCGACCAGAGAGGUUCCUGCAGAUGUGUAAUGAAGACCCAGAUGCAUACCCUAAAUUCUCUGCUGAGGAGUUUGCUGUGCGUCAGCUGUAUGACUGUAACUGGAUCAUAGUCAACUGCUCUACACCAGCUAACUACUUCCACGUCCUCCGCAGACAAAUAUUACAGCCCUUCAGGAAGCCUCUGAUAGUCUUCACCCCCAAGUCUCUGCUGCGCCACCCUGACGCCAAGUCCAACUUUGACGACAUGCUGCCAGGUACCCACUUCCAGCGUCUGAUCCCAGACAGUGGUUCUGUGUGUGAGAACCCAGAUGGGGUGAAGAGGAUUGUGUUCUGUACUGGGAAGGUCUACUAUGAACUGACCCGAGAACGCAAGCACAGAGGCAUGGAUAAUACUGUGGCCAUUGCACGCAUAGAGCAGCUCUCUCCCUUCCCGUUUGACCAGGUGAAGGUGGAGACAGAUCUUUAUCCCAACGCUGACCUGGUGUGGUGCCAGGAAGAGCACAAGAACCAGGGUUACUAUGACUACGUCAAACCCCGCCUCCGCACCACCGUUGACCGCACCCGACCCGUUUGGUAUGCUGGUCGUGGGCCAGCAGCAGCUCCAGCUACAGGGAACAAAGCAGCUCACCUGGUGGAGUUACAACGCUUCCUAGAUACAGCUUUUAACCUGGACGCAUUCACUGGGCAGUCCUAACACGCUUAUACUAUAAUCCCUAUACCCCUCAAUCUCAACUCUGGACCUCCAAGCCAGUUCCACUGCGUUUUUUCAUUGUCCCCUCUAAUCAGGGACUGAUUUAGACCUGGGACACCAGGUGGGUGAUUCCCCUUGAAUCAGGGCCUGAUUUAGACCUGGGACACCAGGUGGGUGCAAUUAAUGAUCUGGUAGAACAGAAAAGCAGCAGGCUCCGGCCCUCGUAGUGUUAGGGUUGAGUACCACUGACCUAUACACCACACACUACCCUUACCUCACCUGCUGAAGUUACACUGCUUUUUAGUCAGGUUUUAACCUGGAUGUAUACACUUGAGACUUAUAGACUUGUAGACUUAUACCCUAGACUCUAACCCCAACACCCUUAAUCCUACUCUUAUCCCUAAACCAGCAUACACUGGAUUGUCUUAACACACUUACCCUGAACCCUCAUUCAGUUUCUCUAUAUUAUUUAUAUAUCAAGACACACUAUGAACUGUCUGCUAUGAAAGACCUUAGAUACAAUGAUACGCACAAUGACUGACCAUAGGUCCUCUUGCACUGUUGAGCAAUAUAGGCAAAUGUCCAUGUCGUUUGACAAUGGAUCCAUUUUAAGAGGAAUGUAUUCAACCAUACAAAUGCCCUCCAUUUUCCUCUCUCAUUUUCCUCUCUCACUACUCAUUCUCCAUUUUCCUCUCUCAUUUUCCUCUCUCACUACUCAUUCUCCAUUUUCCUCUCUCACUUUCUAUCUCUCACUACUCAUUCUCCAUUUUCCUCUCUCGCUUUCUAUCUCUCACUACUCAUUCUUCAUUUUCCUCUCACUUUCUAUCUCUCACUACUCAUUCUCCAUUUUCCUCUCUCACUUUCUAUCUCUCACUACUCAUUCUCCAUUUUCUCCAUUUUCCUCUCUCACUUUCUAUCUCUCACUACUCAUUCUCCAUUUUCUCCAUUUUCCUCUCUCACUUUCUAUCUCUCACUACUCAUUCUCCAUUUUCCUCUCUCACUUUCUAUCUCUCACUACUCAUUCUCCAUUUUCUCCAUGUUCUCUUCCUCUGCGUUUUAACCCUCUCAUGUAUUCUUCCCAUUCAUCAUCUCUUUCAUUCCCCUCUUAUUCUUUCUCUCUUCUUGACCACUCACCUCCUUCUCUUUUCUCCUCCUCCCUACUUUUCCCUCUCUUCCACCUCCUGUGCCAAAUGUAAACAAACUGUUGGGAGUUGAGAAAUUACUAUUAUAUUAUAUAAAAACAGUGUAUAAGCUUUGCUAGUAACUUAUGAAGAGACAAGGUAAAAAUGCCUACUGGUCUGGUGGGGAUCUCUUUCGGACUAAGUAUAGGAUUUAUUUAUUUUCGCAUAGUGUUCUGUUUGUUCUUUAAUCAUUUAUUCAUUCAAUAAAGACAUUGUUGGUGUCA